AUGGACCCUCUACACGAUGAUGUUCUGGAGGAGGCUCUGGCCGAUACCGGAGCAGCUGCUACGGACACGGCCGCUGUCCAUGCUGCGCCUGAUGACACCGCUGCUGCAGAUGGUCUAGACAACGAGGAUGGGGCUGCCUUGGUAGCUGCAGCUGUCGCCAAGCCUGAAGCACGGGACACUGAUGAGGAUGCCCACAGCGAAGCUUCGGUCUACUCCACAUGGACUGCUGCAAUGAAUGCAGCAGAUCGCAGCCCCAGCCCGGCGAUCCGUGCUGAAGCAGGACCUUUCGGGCCACCUCCUGCCGUCCCGAUCAGCCAUCCACUAGCACGCGAUUACAUCCCGGGACUGUCCCUUGUGAGACCACACGCUUUGCCUGCUGGCUUUGUGGGUUUUGUCAAUAGGCAUAGACCAGCUCCGCUGGGUUCCUCCUCGAGUGCGAGGGGGCCGCCAACUGUUCCGCAGAUGCCUGGUGAGCCCGACGACCCCCACUGGCAACGUGCCAUGGCUGUCAACGUGCUGAACACACUGCAGCACACAGGCCCGGCAUUCGUUCAUGCCCCUACCUUGGCCACCGUGAGGUCAUGGAGCUCAUUGAGAAUCAUCCUGGAGGAGGCCACGGAGAUGGACGAGGUCUGCUGCCAGCGAGUCGACCCGCAGGACCUUGGCAAUCCCCUGCAUAUGGGUGGUCACCCCGGAGCUGGAGCAGAUGCUGACGCUGGACAAGAGGAUGAUGAGGAGGAACUACCUGAUGCAGAUGAAGAAGGGGAAGAAGAGGAGGACCGCUCCCCGGACGAAGACCAGGACAAUGCACCAGAUGAGCAUGGUCCGGAUGGCCCGGAUGGCCCUGCUCGACCAUCCACUGAGGGGACAACGGCUACCCCAGGGAGUGCUGCAUCCGGCAGCUUGGAGGACUCAGGAGACCCUCUGCACAGGAUUCAUUCCGUCACGGCUACCACGGCAGCAGAGAAUCCUUUUUCUACUCGGCCUGGCGAUUGGGUAUAUGAAGCCGACGACGUGCACUACGAGAAGGCAAUCGACACAGACGUUGCUCAGGAGGCGAGCCUUCAAAGUCACGGUCGCGCUCACCACGACGAGAUACCGACACUGCAGACAGGCAUCAAGGACAUGUGGCUCCAAUGGCGAGCCUUCAAGAAAAUCAGAAAGAAUGGACUUCGAGGCUGGUUUGCUGCGUGGAAGGCCCAGCAGUGUGCAGACAAACAUGACUCCAGAGGGGCCGUGGUCUCUGCAACACCCACUUCUAUUGGAUGCCUCAAGCUUGUGUCGAGAGCUGCAACAAAUUCCGAGAAGGAGCUUAGCCAAGCCUGGGCUGUGAAGCCCAUUCAUGUGCCAGCCAGUUGGUCAGACGUUGACCUGGCCCUGUAUCCCCAAUUUGCUUAUCAAAGAGGGAGAUCACAAUACGAUGCACUCCGAAAGGUUUUCACCCAUUGUGCAGCUGCCCGUGCUGAGCUCAGCAAGCACCACAAGAAUCUCCACCACCAAUGGGAGGGGCACAAGUCUACCCCUCUCUUCGGCAGUCUGAUGGUCACUGUGGACCUCUCGCAGGCUUUUGACAAAAUGCCCCGCGAACUGCUGCUACAAGGCAUGAUUGAUCUUCAGCUGCCCGCUGACUUGAUUGCCAUCAUCAUGGCGUGGCAUGCACACAUUCACUACACCGUUCAUCAUUCAGGUGAAAGUCGCACCUUUGCAGCCACCCAAGGUAUCCGUCAAGGAUGCUCAGCCUCGCCCAUUCUUUGGCUUAUCUUCUCUCAUGCCAUAAGCAGCAGACUGGAGGAGUCACUGGGAUACGAACGCCUAUGCUCCCUCCUCACAAUUUUCACUGAUGAUUACUUGGCAGCGGGUGUGUUCACAACACUACAUGAGCUGGAGCAGUUGUUGAGUUGCGUGGCGGUACUCUUCAAGGUCCUUCGCACCUUCGGCAUGGCCGUCAGUGAUACCAAAUCACAGGCCAUCAUUGCACUGCGUGGCACACUGGCCCCAUCGAUUCGCCGAAGGUAUACGAGGAAGGGCCCGGACGGACUCAUGCUGAGAAUCCCAAUGCAAGGCGACGACCUCAAAAUACCGUUAGCACAGCAAUUUCGAUACUUGGGUGCUCAAGUCUCUUAUGCCUCUUUUGAGGAUGCUACUCUGGCUUUUCGCAUACAGAAGAGUGAUGCCAUAUAUGGCAGACUGGGUACAGCCCUCAGGGGACGUCACCACCUGACCAGUGUCCAAAGGAUCCGGCUAUGGCUAGCCUGCGUUUGGAGCACCAUGUCCUACAGUUUGACCACCUGUGGGUUGACCGAUGCGGGACACCGAUUGCUGGAAACCAAGGUCAUCCGGCAGCUGAGGGCGAUCCUACGUCUACCGGUGCACCUGACGCACACUUCCAACUUGGAAGUGUUGGAACAGGCAGGACUUACUCCACCUUGUGUCCUCUUAGCAACCCUCAUGGACAAGGAGGGCCGGAGAAAACUGCCUGAGCAGGAUGCACAUCUUUGCCGGCCGGACCAUGCAUGGUGGACCAAAGUGAGGGAGAGCCUGAAUAUCCCAACAGAGUCCAUGCACAUUGUCCCUGUGCCAACACCGGUAAGACCUCAGACCUGCCCAGAGUGUGGUGUCUCCUACAAUACCCGUACUGCUCUUCUUACGCACAUCGCUAAGCAUCACCACGAGAUAGUGGAUAAGGAAGUGUUCGGGGACCUUGCACAGAACAGCAUCCUUCAGUUUGGGGAGAACCUCUUCGGAGGAACUCAGAGCUCCACCCCGGGCAGCGAACCUCCCUCCAAAGCUCCCAAGCUGGAAGCUCAAUUGGGGAAGCGAGGACGACCCUCAGACAGUCAAAGCUCGCGUGGACAAAAGGAUCAGGACUGGCUCCCGAACAAAGGUCGGGGCAAGGGCAACAAGCACUCGCCUCAGAUCCACCAGCUGGUGUACGCCGUGGGCAGGUUGAUCAUCCGGCAAGAGACUCCACUUCAAAUCUUGAAGCAGAACUCAGCCUGGACUCUCUACCUGCAGCCAGGACAGACAGGGCCUGUUGCCCUCCUCUGCCAGGCAGCUGCGAAGUACAAGGAAGAAGCCAAAAAGAGGUUCAUGGAUGUGCCGGUACGUGCCCUCCUGCUUCACACAUUGUUCCAAGCCCUUCUCAAGGCCCUGCAGAGCAUCAGCAGCGACAACAACAAGCAACAGAUCCUCAAGGACAAAGGCUGGCUCAAUACAGAGGGCAACUGGAACUAUCAACAGUGGGACAGCGAGCAGCAGGCCUUGAAGGUGAGCGAGACCAAACCACCCAUGAAUCAUCAGGACUUAAUCGGUCAAGUCAGCCAACUGGCGGAGCCAGUGCUGGGGAAGGACGUCAUCCACAGGUUCAAUGCGACCCACACCAUGACGCCCACCAAGACAGGGGUUACAACUUUUCUUCUGGAGGUGAUCGGCUUGCAGAUUCGUCGGGAGGGCCUUCGCAGGGGUGGUCUGGCCAACGACGUUCAGCUCCUGAAUAUCAACUAUUCGGGCGCAGCAUCCAGGCCAGAUGGGAAGCCAGAUUGGUUACAAUGCAGGGUACUGAAUGUGAGGAUUGCAUCAAUGCAUGGCAUCAACAAGCGAGGUACCGCUGCACGGGGUCGUUGA